AAUGAAAUGAGCAUGCCGGCGUACGAUCCUGGCCCAGAGCACUUCCAGCAGUUCCCGUCCAAUAGAAUCAUAGUUAUUCACCCUGGAUCUCUUUACGUGCGUAUAGGCAGAGCUUCGGAUCUCCUACCAGUGAAACAACUGCAUUGCAUUGCUCGAAAACGUGGCCCAGGAGGAAAAAUAUACAGAGAUCCAUUCGUACCACCCAGUGUGCCGAAAACGAAAGAUUUGAUCGAAGAACUGGAAGAAUGUAGACUACAGAUAUCCCAUACGCUCCAAACUUGUGUGCAGUCAAACGGAGCGCGAAGAUAUGCCACUCCUCCUCAACAAAUAGCUGCUUUUAACCGUCGAUCUUUACCAGAAAGUGUGAGUGAUGGUGAACCAUGGCCUCAAGUACAAUGUGACAUCAUCAUAGGCGAUCUAGUGCUCGAUAUCGACCCAGAACUACCCUACAACAUACACUUUCCAUACAAACGAGGUGAUUUCAAUCUCCAUUCUGAAGUUGGUGGCUCCAUAUCUUCAGUAUUAAAUGAUUUGUACACAAUAUGGAGCUCUAUAAUAGAGUAUAAGCUAGGCAUACCUUUGAUAGAGUUAAUAAAGUAUAGAUGUGUGCUAUUAAUCCCCGAUAUAUAUUCAAGGAGUCAUUUCAAGUAUCUCAUGUCUUUAUUAUUAAAAGAUCUGGGAUUUGGCCAUUGCUUUUUGGUCCAAGAAAGUGUUGGUGCAACAUUUGGAGCAGGCAUUGGUUCUGCUUGUGUUGUGGAUAUAGGAGAUCAGAAAACUGCUAUUUCCUGUGUUGAAGAUGGAAUUUCUCAUAAGACUACAAGAUUACGCAUGGAUUACGGGGCAGGAGAUGUUUGCCAAACUUUAUCCUGGAUGUUUCAUAAAAGUGCAUUCCCUUACAAAACCUGGAACGAGAAUAUACCACGAGAUGUUGUACUUAUGCGCAAUUUAUACGAGAAUUUCUGCCAUGUCAACCUUGAUGUCUGUGGGCCUCAAGAAAAGACAUUCCUGGUAGAUCAUCCGGGUGAUAUUAUUAAUAAAUAUACUCUACAAGUUGGAGAUGAAUGUAUUAUAUCACCAUUAUCAUUAUUUUAUACAGAUUUACUUAAAAUAACUGGGUCUAAGACUACAAAAACUCAGAAUCGGCAGCCCAGUGACCCUGAAGACCCAUUUGAUGCCGAAUUCUUGAGGGAAACUGGACGAAAAAGGGAGACUGCUGAUCCAAGUGCAAAUGAAAGUCAACAGUUUGAAGCAGUGAAUGAAUCACAGCCAACAGCAAACCCAGACGAAGAUAUUGUUGUUGAUGCAUUAGAAGCUGGUCCAGCAGACUCUGUAUCCUUCGCUCCUGGACAAGUCUUAGCCCUAGAUGCCGCAAUACUACAAAGCAUAGACCGUUGUCCGAGUGAAGAAUUGAAACGGAAAAUGUACAGUAACAUUUUGAUCGUUGGCGGAGGAGUUAAAGUACACGGGCUUUAUUUAUGGCUUCAGAAUCGAUUAGCCCUUCAAAUCCCAUAUGCAUAUAAGACUGAACAAUUAGAGAUUGUAACCUCACCGAAAGACAUUGAUCCGGCUAGUACUGUGUGGAAAGGGGCCGCCGUUAUGUCUUGUCUGGAAUCCGCGAUUGAACUGUGGAUUAACCAGAGUGAAUGGAAUAAAUUUGGCUUAAGAAUUUUGAGAGAAAGAGCACCUUUUAUUUGGUGAUAGUAAGUAUAAUGUGCGGCUGACAAAAACGUUGCUAAUUGGAAUAUUAGCUAGCAUUUUUGUGGACUGUACAUUUCAGUAGCAACUUAAACUUAUCACGAUACCUUACCAUGUCCUCAAUACUUGAAACUCAAACAUCUUUAUUGCAGUAACUGUGUAGUACUGGAUAUAGAUAAAUAAUAAAUAAAUAUAUUAGGACAAAUCACACAGAUUGAGCUAGCCCCAAAGUAAGUUCGAGACUUGUGUUAUGGGAUACUAACUCAACGAUACGAACCCGGGACCUCUCGGUUCAGUGGCAAGAACCUUACCACUGCGCCAUACAAUACAACAGUUUACCCUUACAGGCAUUACACAUUCAUACACAUACAUAUGGGUAGAUGUUCUAUACUUGAUGUCAACAAAGGUUUUGGUGAACUUAGGCUAUUGCUAAAACUCACUGGAAUAGAUAAAUUCACUGCCAUUAGUAACUUAAGACACAGAUGAAUCACUGGACUGGUGUAGUUAUACUGGCUCCUGACAAAUAUUUUUGUAUCUAAUUGGCGCAAUUAAUUAAGUUUGACAUCUCUAUUAAAAAUGUAUUAAAAUUAUUGAUUUAAUGGUGUAAAUAUUAAGUAGGUAUGUACUGAUUUAAUAUAUAAGUAAUAUAA